CAACUGGCCCCGUCCUGCUCCGACUGCUGCCCGUCAGCGACCGCAUCGAGCGUCUCAUAACCUGCUCUUCCUGUUCAUAUUUCAUACAUUUGUGGUAUAACAUCUAAAGUAAAGGAUCGAAACGGCAAGAUGAGCUCAAUGAAUGUGAAGAAGCUGAAAGUAAACGAGCUGAAGGACGAGCUGAAGAAGAGGAGUCUGUGCGAUAAAGGGCUGAAGGCUGAGCUGAUGGCCCGGCUGCAGGCCGCUCUGGAUCAGGAGGCGCUGUCCACCAACGGUUCUGAAGGACAGUACGAGGAUGGAGACGGCCUCGGUGACAUGGGCGAUGAAGACCUUGAGGAAGAUCUGGUUGGAGAGAACAUGGAGGAGGAUGGCGAUAAUGCGGAGGCUGAGGAGCAGCAGGAUGAUGACAUGGAGGAGGAGGAGGAGGAGGACGCCGGGGUAGAGAUGGAUAAAUCAGAUGAAGAUGAAGAUGUCCUGCUCAAAGAAGAUGAUGAAGAGAUGGAGAAAUUUGGUGAGGAUGACGUGGGCCCUGGCGAGGGGGAUGCGGACAAAGACAAGAAUGAUGAACAGAAGAAUAAGAAGGGUGUAAAGAGACGCCGAGAUGAACAUGGAAGGGGCUACUUUGAAUUUAUUGAAGAAAGCAAAUACAGCCGGGCAAAGUCUCCCCAGCCUCCACUGGAGGAAGAGGACGAAGAGUUUGAUGACACAACUGUAUGUUUGGACACUUACAACUGUGACCUGCACUUCAAGGUGUCCCGGGACCGGUAUAGUGCCUCCUCUCUCACCAUGGAGAGUUUUGCAUACCUGUGGGCCGGCGGACGAGCGUCUUAUGGUGUGGAAAAAGGAAAAGCUUGCUUUGAAAUGAAGAUUAUUGAGAAGAUUCCUGUAAAACACAUUUCCAGUAAAGGAAUUGAGAUUCAUGAUGUCCUGGUGGGUUGGUCUCUGGCCAAUAGCUCUCUUUUGCUAGGGGAGGAAGCGCACUCAUAUGGCUUCUCAUCUAAAGCCAAGAAAACCAGCAACGGUUUGACGGAGGACUUUGGGGAGGCUUUUGAUGAGAAUGAUGUUGUUGGUUGCUUUAUUAACUUUGAUGGUGAAGAAGUGGAAAUCUCCUACUCCAACAAUGGACAGGAUCUGGGAACAGCUUUCAAAGUCAGUAAGGAUGAGCUGGAGGGAAAGCAGUUCUUCCCUCACGUCCUCUGCCACAACUGUGCGGUUGAGUUCAACUUCGGCCAGCGUGAAACCCCGUUUUUCCCCCAACCUGACGGCUUUACGCUCCUGCAGCAGAUCCCUGUUUGUGAUCGCAUCAGAGGACCAAAGGGGCCCGAGACCAAAGAAGACUGUGAGGUCAUUGUCGUGGUUGGAUUGCCUGGAUCUGGAAAAACGGAAUGGGUUACAAAGCACACACAAGCCAACCCUGGAAAAUACAACAUUCUUGGAACAAACACAAUCAUUGAGAAAAUGAUGAUUUCCAGUUUGAAGCGACAGAUGAAGGAUGUCACAAAGCUCUCAGCGAUAUCUCAGCGUGCUCCCCUCUUCCUUGGGAAAUUCAUCGAGAUCGCUGCACGUAAAAAACGCAACUACAUUCUUGACCAGGUGAUUAAAUAUAAUCGAGGGUUUACAAAUACUUAUCAAAAUCACAGAAUAUACACGUUGCCUGUGGAAGGUCAGUGCUUCAGUGAAGUGCUUUAUGUCGAGCUGCAGAAGGAAGAAGCUACCAAACUUCUUGAACAGUACAAAGAGGAGAGCAAAAAGUCCCUUCCUCCUGAGAAGAAGCCCAACCAGGGAGGUGUUCAACCAAAGAGGGGAGGCACUUGGGGACGAGGAGGCAAAAAUAUGUUCAACCGUGGUGGAGGAGGACAGGGUCAGAGGGGAGGACGAGGAGGCUUUCAAAACCGAGGCAACUUUAGGGUGCCCGGACCUCGUGGUGGGUUCAGCAGACCACCGAGAGGCUUCCUUCCUCCCCCUGCCUUCCGAGGAGGCUUCAGCCGGGGCAGUUUCAACCGUGGCGGUGGGAUGCCUAACAGAAGUGGUGCCCCCAGGCCGGGACCUGGACGUGGCAAUAUGGUUAACAUGGGUAACAGGGGAGGAGCCAUGAACAGGGGCAACAUGGGACGAGGGGGAGGGGCCAACCGGGGCAACUUCAACCAGAAAUUCAGAGGCCGAGGAGGAAACAAUCGAGGUUUUAAAAAUGGAAACUUUAGCAUGAACAAAGCACAAGCUUUCAACCAGAGCUGGCAACAAGGGUUCUGGAAUCAGAAGCCAUGGAGUCAACAGUACCAUCCUGGAUAUUACUGAAUAAUAGCUGUGAUGGACUGAUAUCAUAUAAAGAACAUCAGCUUUAACUUCCGAAGUCAGACGUUCAUCUUAUCUAAUGUCCUUUUGUUUUUGUACAGAUUUGAAUAGGACAUUCCAUAUUGGGAGCUUUCAGAGCUUUACAGGUUACCUGUUACAGUUUUUUAAAUGAAUAUUUUAUGUUUGUCUCUGACCGCAUGUUUGUAUGACAACGCAGUUCAAUUCAGGAAUCUCAGUAUAACUUCAGGGUGGGAUGUUUGUAUGUUAAAUCCUUUCAGGGUUCUGAAUUGUAUUUUUAAUUAGACUCGUGUGAAUCUUUGUGUAGCAGUAAAGCUCUGUAAUAUAAGAAGUCUGCUGUUGAAGCACUUUGCAGUUAUAUGAAGAAUAUUUGUCUUGCUGCAAUAAUAUUUAUAGUUAAAAGAACAUGAAACAUGUAUAAACUAAGAUAAUGAAAUUUGAGAAAAGACUUGUAUAAAAGAUCUGGUCAGAUUUUGCAGACAGUAUGUUUAAAGAAAAGGAAUUGAAAUAACCGGAAAUGUCAACCAUAGUUGCAUAAUAAUUGUGUGCUUUUUGGAAAAUCUCUUCAUUGGAUUAGCAGUCCACUGGAAAGCCGUCCAUCAUUUUAUGUUUAAUUUAUUUUACGAGUGCAUUAAGAGCUUUUUUCCAGCUGUAUUUCUUAGAAAUUUAAUGUAUUAUUUUAUUUUCUUGUUUUAUUUUGAAAUGUGGCUUACUGCUCCUUAAAGAUUUUAACUUGAUUUAAGUUGAAUUUCAUAAUAUAUUUGGUCUUUUUGUAAAUUAUUUUAUGUUUUAAAAGGGUAUGCGUCUUUAACAUAACCUUAGAUGUGACCCCAAUUUUUGUAGACCUGUAAAAAUGUGUAGUUUGCUUCAAAAUUAUAGCAAUUAAAUAACACUACUAGAAUUUUGGACUACAUAAU